GAACUCUUCGGAAAGAUAACUAACUUUAUCUAUCUCCGAACCAAUUCCAAGCAAUUUAACCCAAAACGUCUCUCCCCGACUCAAUUCGAUUUUGAGGUUAGAUUUCAAAGCUUCCCUCUAAAUCACCGCUUUUAGGCCAAUAAUUCUUUUAUUUGUCUACUUAUAAUUUAAAAAAGUGAAAUCUUAAUUACCGAAAUGGUUGAUUGUGACAGUUUUAAUUCACUGCAAAUGGAAUUUGAGUGGGUUCUCCACGAAGAGGUCCAUUCUUCACUCUCUCAACUUCGCAAUAUUUUAAUGGAAUGCGCUCAGCGAUUUCCUUUGGCUCUCUUCGGCAAUGACCAGCAAAAUAAAACUGAUCGGUUCGUUUUUGCUGCUCCGCACGAUCACGUAAAAUGUGUUGUUGUACUUACGGGAGACAGCAUAACAAAUGCGGAAGUGAACUUUAAAAUUCAACGACAGCAAAACGCGAAUAUGAAAACUAGCAUACAGAAUGACCAUCCGUGGAAACUGCAGCAAAUUCAGGACGCUGCGAAUCAUCUGCAGCAGGCGAUUGCCCAUAUUGACAAUGUCGAUCGGCACUAUUCGUUCAAAACGUCGGACGAAGUCAUGCACGUGCUGGGAAAUAUUCUGGGAUGUCUCCAGCGAAGCAGAACUAGUCUGAUAGUUCCCCGGAAGAAGAAUCUUGACGAUCUCAUCAAAAGUCGCAACAUGAAAUCUCUAAAUCCAAAUCUGCCCGAGAAUUUGGCAAUCAGCUUCUACAUUCAAAGUUACAAAUUGGUGCUGGCUGUUUACCAAUUGGAAAAUGCGCACGGCAGUGUAAAAUAUGAAACCCAGCAGGCCGAAUGCAGCGUUCCUUGGCUAAAUGAAGCCCUCGUUCUCUUAACGAUUGCCCUGCAAUUGUGCCAGAGACUAAAAGACAAGAUCUGUGUCUUCUCGCAAUACAAAGACUUCACGGUAGGAUCUCGAGUUCCUUCAGCGAUGGGUUGGUAACAAAAUUCGCGCGAAACUUUCUCGGCGAACCUCUCGAGUUGGUCGAAAUUCGACUAAAAAAAAAAAAUAAUAAAUUGCCGAGGAAGAAAAAACGCGAAGAGUACUUUGCCAAUAACGUGCCUAGUAUAGAUUUUUUUUUUUUUAGUAUUUAUCUCAGCUCUUCAGAUUUUUUUAAAGUUCUACGAAACUUUAAAGCGAAUUUCGAAACUGGGUAUGUGUCCAUACAUAUUAAAGGUAGUAUGUAAUUAUAAAAUUUGCUAGGAUUAUUGAAAAUGUUGAGAAAGAAAAGGUAGAAAAUGUGUGGAUAUUGCGCUGUACUUUUAUAAAAAAAAAA